AUGAAGUGGCCGAGUUUUUUGGACAAUAUACCAGGUCUUGGAUAUAGCAAGCCCACUACACUAGUGAUGAGACAUGAGGACUACACGGUGGGAGAAACGACUGGAGGACUCAGUGUCCUGUUCACUAUACUGUGUAUAGUGGACCUUUUUGGAGUGUUCCCUGUGAUAACUCUGCCUAAAAGUGUCAUUUCUUGUGGUAUUUACGGGUUGCCGUUAGUUUUGUCCGUAUUUGGCUUGCAGCUGUAUACGGCGGUACUGCUAGGGAAGAGCUGGCUACUGGCACAGAAGAUAACUCCAGAUAUUAAAGAAAAGAACAGAUUUCCUUAUGCGGCAGUAGCAGAAUUGGCUUUUGGCGCGCCAGCAAAGAGGCUGGUCACUUUCCUUAUUGAUGCAGCCGUCUUCGGUUCAGGAGUUCCUAAUUUUAUUAUUGCUUCGCAGACGUUGCAGAUAUUCUGGUGGAAGAUAUCCGGCGGAGAGAUCGGCAUCACGUAUUGUGUGUGGAUGGUCAUCCUGGGAUUGUUGCUCUGUCCUGUCAUGUGGCUGGGCUCACCCAAGGAUAUGAAGCCAAUAGCGAUAACUUCAGUGAUAAUUGUGACUACCGUCGCAAUUACAACGUGGACGUGUAUCCUGCGAGAUGACACUUCUCCAAGGCCACUUUUCAAUGUGGUAGACUUACAACCACAGCUACAGGACUUCUUAAUAGCUUACGGCAUUCUUGCAUUUCAGUUUGACAUCCAUCCAAUGCUGUUGACGCUGCAAGUGGACAUGAAGGACAGUAAGAAGAUCAAUGCUGCAGUGCUGGGGGGUUUCGGCAUCACUGGCUGUAUGUUCGCAGUCACCACCGUCCUCUCUGCCUUCAGAUAUGGAACUGAUCUUGAUAACAAUAUAUUGCAGAGCAUUCCGUCUUCAAUACCGCUGUACCUGAUGUCACUUUUGGUGACUCUUCAGCUGUGCCUUUCGAGUGCAGUCAGUCACUCAGCGCUGUUCCAACAUAUUGAAGAUAUAAUGAAGAUUCCUAGAGAUUUCUGCUUUCAACGCUGCCUAAUAAGAUCAAGCAUCGUAGCUUUGGCAGUUAUUCUAGCUGAAUCCGUGCCCCGAUUCGAUUUAGUUAUGGGCCUCGUAGGGUCCACACUUACCGGGCCGUUAAUGUUCAUCUGUCCUCCCGUGUUCUUCCUCAAACUAUGCUAUAUGAAAUCCAAAAUGUCUCCGAAAAAUAACCCUUUUUAUAAACUAAUAGAAAAACAAAACGGAACUCAAAAUGGUAGUUCACAAAAUGGAGGCAUUAAAAAUGUCAGUUCUCAAAAUGGCGAUCUGUCAAAAAGCCCGCUAAUUUCUGUUGGUUCAUCGACCAAAUACAAAACAUUCACAGAUUACGCUAUAGAAAUAACGAAAGAAGAGGAUGAAUAUGCUAUUAAAUGGUACGAUGUGGUUUUAGCUUUAAUUGUUAUGACGAUUGGCAUUGUGGCGACCAUUGUAGCGACUUAUUCGAGUUGGGCGAACUCUAUAGCUUAUGCUACGUUUAGUCCGCCAUGUUUGAUGAAUGCCACUGAAGCUGCUAGAAGCUUUUUGCAGUUACCCAUGGCUGUAUAA